AUACGGCGGUUUAGGGUCUCCGAGGCCGGCAGGGGUCGCCAUGGUGACGCGUGUCGCGCCGCUGACGUCACAGCGCGGCGCAGAGUGAUGACCAUUAGUGUUUAUGUCCCGCUGAAGCCGCGGAGGUGACGGGGCUUGUGUCGCGGCCAUGGCAAUGUUCCGCAGCCUGGUGUCCUCGUCCUCCCAGCACCGGCAGCAGCAUCAUACCCACCAGAGCCAGUCCUGCCCGUCGUCCGCGGACAGCCUGGAGGCGCAGUAUGGCUGCCCCAUCUGCCUGGAGGUGUAUUACAAACCUGUGGCCAUCGGGAGCUGCGGUCACACAUUUUGUGGCGAGUGCCUGCAGCCAUGUCUUCAGGUCCCAUCCCCGCUAUGCCCACUUUGUCGUAUGCCAUUUGACCCAAAGAAGGUGGAGAAGGCCUCCAAUGUAGACAAACAGCUCUCCUCAUAUAAGGCUCCCUGCAGAGGCUGCAGCAAGAAAGUGACUCUUGCAAAGAUGCGAUCCCACAUUUCUUCAUGUGCCAAAGUCCAAGAACAGAUGGCCAACUGUCCAAAGUUUGUUCCCGUAGUCCCAACAUCUCAGCCUAUUCCCAGUAAUAUUCCAAACCGUUCCACCUUUGUGUGUCCAUACUGUGGAGCCCGAAACCUGGACCAGCAAGAACUUGUGAAACACUGCAUGGAGAACCACAGAAGUGACGCCAACAAAGUGGUUUGCCCUAUUUGUUCAGCAAUGCCCUGGGGGGAUCCCAGCUAUAAGAGUGCCAAUUUUCUUCAGCACCUCCUUCACCGGCAUAAAUUCUCUUAUGACACAUUUGUGGAUUAUAGCAUCGAUGAAGAAGCAGCGUUACAAGCCGCACUCGCUCUGUCGCUGUCGGAGAACUGAAGAUUUCGGUUAGACGCAAGGUCUCCCUUCUCGGUGUUGUCACCCACGACCGAGGCUUGUACAUUCCUUCCAAAACUAGCUAAUCACGUUUCCUUUUCCCCAUGCCUUUUCUCUAGUAGUGUUUUUAUUAGUAAGGUGGAAUCUUUUAGGAAUUGCUAAACUGUUAGGCCGGAUUUGUGUCUCGGUGCAAUCGGACGGGGAAGCAGGGCACGCGGUGCCAACCGACACAGCUCAUCCAGUUUUUUUUUUUUUUAAUACUAUUCUUUUGUGAUGCUUUCUACGUGUAAAAAGAAAGUAUUUACAAUGAAUAUUUAAUACACGGGAGAUGAGAGCAAAGGGGGGGAAAGAGAAAGUCCCCAACAAAUGAGCAGAAAAGCAGAUUGGACGGGUGUUAGGCCUCAGCAGCCGACUGCCAGGGCUUCUCAAGUCAGAAGGAACUUCCUUUGUGUCAACCAAUGUUCCUUAGGACAUUGCGCAGCCUGGCGUUAAUCCCAGGAGAGGGCAUAGUAGGCAGAAGCCCAGGUUUAGAGAUUGCACUAUACUGGUACAUAAGGGAAGGUUACAAACUUAACACAGAAAUAAAUAUAAAGACGUGGAGAAAGGAUUAGCAGAAGUUUCAGGAGGAGCCGUCUGUUUGAGUCAAUACUGGAAUGACCAUUCUGGAGCCCCUCUUUUUAGAGCCCUAUGUUGGACAGUUCAUCCGUUAUUCCUCCUGGAAAUGUAUGAAUGAAUUGACAACUUGGGAUUCCCUUUGUCAGUGGGUCAGAAAGUGCAGAUCGUACCAGUACAACCAGCACUUAGUAUUUUCUAUACCCUAAUCACUACUUUCGAUAGGUCCAAUGGGAGCAGUAAUAGAAAUGUAACCCCAUAAACCAGUAGAAACGGUCACAGGAUUUGGAGGGGGGGGGGGAUUAUUUCAGUGAAGAGUUAUAAUUUAUAUAUUUUAUGUCGGUGUUUAUUUUUUUAAGUUUACAUAUUAGUUCAGGGUAUAAAACAACAUUUGACAUGAUAUACGAAUACUUUUGCAACCAUUCUUAUUGCAUAGGACAUGCCUAGGUCUGUGUAGGAGACUUUAUGCGGGGAAAUUAUUAUUAUUUUUUUUAACUAGACCAUUUGCAAAGUUGCUAAAACUGAAGCAAUAAAAAUGGUUGCAAAAUUCCUCUGUCGCAUUCCACCAGGUGAUCAGACCGUGCCGUCUGAGGUCCAGGGGAGACGUAGUGAGAGCCGUACAGAGAUUUCCUGUGCUGGUUACGGGCUGACAGAUCCUAACAAAUUUGGUUCUGGAAGGGAAUACAUUUAGCAAAUUCUGUGAAGCUUCCACCUUGAUGCAGCUGCAGUACCUCAGUGUCCGGGGAGGUGUAUCUGUACCCGGGUAAACUAGUAAUGAAAGCGUUUGUCCAGGAUU